CAACACGUUCCCGAAACCACAGCUUUGGCGGCUCAAUAGAUUUGGGCCUGAUCGCCAGCGGGAAAUAAUCCCUGGCCACAACGCCGCGCGCGCCAACGACGUAGGAGCCGCACAGGCUUUCCUUCAUGUCCCGCUCCAUCAGCCUGCUUCCUCGCCACAACCAGGAGCUCAGCACAGUGCUGCCGCACGAGUGGAAGCACCCGACUUCCUUCCUCUGCCCGAUCUCGCAGCAGUGCAUGCACGAUCCCGUGAUGCUUGGGGACGGUCACACGUAUGAGAGGCAGCACAUCGAGCGUUGGCUUUCCCGCAACACCACCUCGCCAGUCACUGGGCUGGAGCUCUCUCAGACCGACAUGUACCCCAAUCACACGCUGCACAGCGCCAUCAACGAAUAUUUCGACGAGGUUUUCUGGGUGCACCGCCAUGCCAUCCGAAAGACGAUUCGCAGCCGCCGUUCCGGCAGGGAUUUCUCUGCUGACGGUUUGCUCACACGCACGCUGGACGCUCUAAUACAGAGCUCGCUGCUGGUGAAUUCCGACCACAGCGUGGAGUACAUCCUGCGCCAAAUCAUGGAGGAGGCCAAGAAGUUGGUGGGUGCGGAGGUCGCGUCUGUGUUCCUGGUGGACGCCGCUCGGCAGGAGCUUUACUCCACGGUGAACUCGACUGAUGGAGAGUUGCGGAUCCCCAUCAGCGCUGGCAUCGCUGGCCACGUUGCCAUGACCGGAAAGACAAUCAUCAGCAACGACGCGUGCGCAGAUGCCCGCUUCAACGUGGCGGUCGACAAGAAGACGGGCUUCAGGACGCACAACGUUCUGUGCGUCCCGCUGAAGGGGAGGCAGGGCGACGUCGUCGGCGUCGUGCAGCUCAUCAACAAGACGAGCGGCGGCGUGCUCGCCUCCCACGACGCUCCCGCCGCGUUGCCGGGCUCGGCCUGCGACGGCCACCCCGCUGCCGGGCUCCGCCCGUUCACGGUGGACGGCUCAGAACACGAAAGCACAACAGCAAGCAACAAGAGCACCACAAAACAAAACGAGCAAAACAGAAAAAAGGCGGAGGAUUCGCAGUUCCUGCAGUUGUUUGCCUCGCAGGCAGCCGCCGCGGUGGCCAGCCACGAGCUGGGCCAGCCCUUGCACCCGACGAGGGAGCCCGAGGCAUCGCCGACGAUGCCAGCGCGGACGCCGACGCGGGGGACGACUCCGUGGGCCUUGCUGCGCAGGGCCACUUCGUGGGCGACGAAGGUCCCGAGGCACCGAAGUGGGGAGGUGCCGCCGCCGGUGGUGCAGGUGCCGGCGCCCGAGACGGCGCCAGUGCCGACGCAGCUGCCACACAAGCAGCGCAAUGGUGCUUCGGCCGGGCUGAAGGAGGCCACGGCGCUGCUCGAGGAGUCGCUGGACGGCUGGGACCUGGACGUGGUGAGGCUGGCGGCGCUGACCGACAACCGGCCGCUGAGCUCGCUGGGCUGCUUCUUGUUUGAGCGGCUCGGGCUGGUUGCCCGGUUCGGCCUCGACAGUGAGAAGCUCAGAGAUUUCUUCCUGGAGCUCGAGCGCGGCUACGACGACGCGGUGCAGUAUCACAACCGCCGCCACGCGGCCUCUGUGCUGCACAUCACCCACGCGUUGCUGCGCAGUGGGGCCCUCGCGCAGAAGGCAGCGGCCCAGCUCGAAAUGGGCGAUGGGGCGCUGGUGACGAUGGCCUGCUUGCUCGCAGCCGCCGCCCACGACUUCGAGCAUCUUGGGCGCACGAACGACUUCCUGGUCAAGACAAGCCACGACCGGGCGCUGCGCCACAACGACAGGCACGUGAACGAGAAUCACCACGCCGCCGCGUCAUUCGCGCUGCUCCAGCGCCCGGGACUGAAUUUCCUCGAAGGGCUCCCGCGGGAGGAGUUCCGCCAAUUCCGGGGCAUUUUCGUGGAGCUGAUCCUUGCCACUGACAUGGCGUCCAACAAGAGCAUCCUGGAGUCGUUCGGCGCCGCUCUGGGCAAGUCCGUUGGAGCCUCAGCCUGGUCUUUUGGGUCUGUCCCACGGGCGGUCCCCAAGGACGGCGACUUUGUGCCCAGCUCGGCCGCGGAGGCGCGCUUGCUGCUGCAGAUGGCGAUAAAAUGUGCGGACUUGGGCCACCUCACCCUGAGCCGCGCCCAGCACCUGCACUUUGUGCAUGGCCUGGAGGCGGAACUGUUCGCACAGGGCGACCAGGAAAAGGCUCUGGGCUUGGAUGUGUCCUUCCUGAUGGAUCGAGAGAAGCCAGGCGUCAUCUCCUCCCAGGUCGGCUUCAUCGAGUCUGUCGCCCUGCCCGUGUUCCAGAGCCUCGUCGGGGCCUGCCAGCAGCUCCAGCCGAUGCUUCGAGGCGCCGAGGACAACUUCAGGUACUGGAAGGGCCUGCAGAGCCAGGGUGAUCCAGGCCUUUAGGUGCGCAGGGCGGCUCCAGGAGCGAGCCCCGGGACGCACCGAGCGACGAUGGCCUGGGCGACGGCAGCCUCAGCUGAGGGCGCCGCGGAAAAGGAUCCAGGGAGCCACACGUCGCCGCAGGCUCGAGGCUCGGCGGGCGCCGUUUUUUAUGUUUUUUUUUUUCCCUUGUCCCCGAUUUACUUCGAAUAUUCGAACAAAUUGUUUGUGUAGUGCCGCGCGGACAUUGCUUGCACUUGAGCGACGCUGAAAAACGGCUCGACUGCACGUCGCUGUGCCAUCUCGCGGAAGACCCAUUUCUUUUCGUCCCUCAAUUGCAAUUGCCACAAUUUGUUGACAGUGAGCGCGUGUCGCGCGAGCAUAUCUUUCCUGCCGCUGCUCAGUCAUGCCCGUGCACUUCCUCUCAAGUUGGCGAGGGCGAACGUGUGCUGUGGAGUCCCCUUCCCAUUGGUUGGGAAGCUAAGCUGGGUUCACAGUGAGCACGCACACUCUCAGCCACCAGAUGAGCAGGCCCUCGCACUGGAAGCUGUAAUCUUCUUCCUGCAGCUUUGAGGCUGGCACUUUCCAUGCUCAUAGCUUCCAGACGAGCACUUCGGCACAACACUGACGAUACCAGCAAGCUUUUUCGCUGCCUGCCAGGCGUCCGCUUACAGACCCGGAACGCUGCGCAGGCUGUCAUGGGGUGCCGUGCAGGUUGUCACGUUCCUACUGGCGCCGCAUAGCGAGCAAUGCUGAGCACAAGGCUCGGUCUUUUCCAUCCUACGAGUUUUCUUCUCGAUGCCCUCCCUCACCUCAGUUCACUGCGUUCUGGUUCGUUGUCCACUCUGGGCCAGCCCUCCCUCGCCACAGCAAUCGCCAUCUCCCACGACAGCCCGGGCACGACAAAGAGAGCUGGCUCUCAGAGCGGACCGCACCCCCCCCGACUGAUAAAGGUGGGGCGGAUAUGCCUGCAGCAGUAGGGGGAGUUUGAGGCGCAGCCCGACGCUACCAGGCAGUCCACCGCCUUGUCGCUUCAGGGACGCGUGUCCUAUAACAGCUGGGGCGCACGACAAGAAUCACCUUUUGUUUUGUCAGGGUCCCCUGGGUUGCUGCUUGCGUUCUGCGUGGGGAGUCGCCGCCCUCUCUGGGUUUCUUGGGCGUCGGUGCAUGUCGUGGCGCGCGCCCGA